AUGGCCAGCUCCCUUUGCUGGCGCGGCGGCUACCGCUGCGCCGAAUGCAUCGCCGGGGCCUUCCUCGAGGUGGAGAGAGCGUGCCCGUACCGCAGGGAGGCCUUGUUUUCCGACCGCAACUGCACUCUCGAACUUGCCGAGAUCCGCAUCUUCGGGACUGGUGGCAUCUUCCGUGAGUUCUUCUUCUGGCCUUCUGCCAUGCUUCAUGAAGGGAACAUACUGAAACAAGUCAUGGCUUCGGGAUUGGUAUUUCAAGCAAUUGGAUUUGGUUGCCUUUUCUUCUUGCUAUUUCAGGAAUGGCGCAGCCAGAAAAGAGGCACUUUGACGUAA